CAAGGUACAUGGCAAAGUUAUAAAUAUUGCAGCAAAAUCGCGCAGUUAUCAAUAAUACGCCGCAUGAUGUAGUGUAAACUUCGUAACAAGCCGUUAGUAUUCAAAAUGGAAAAUGGGGUAAAGCUUGGAGUAACAAUUACUAUUGCUGGGGUUGUAGUAGGUCUGGUGGUUAUUCUUGCGCUUGUCACAACAAUGCCUGACCUACCUACGACCACGCAAAAUGACCAACUAUGUUUGCCCAAUGAAUCUGGAAAUUUAUCAUGUGGAUCUUCAACAGAACUACUGCACAACUACCUGCAGAGAAUUAUUUCCUCCAAGUACGACGAGAUCCAGAAAGAAGAAGAAGAUCGUCAACAGAAGAUUCUGGAUGAAAACAGAGUUCGGCUAAUGAGCAUCUACGACAAGGCGUACUGGGAAAUGAAACCGGCUGCCAAGCUUACGGGGAUGAAGCAACCUGAACUAAGACCAAAUGAUAUUGGGGCAGAAAUGACUCCAGUAAGAGCAUGGCGCCAUGGAAGAGAACUGUACGGCACGGACGGUUUUGAAAGAUACGGAAUACUGUACAGAAACGGGCGUUUAGUAGUACCAGUAUCUGGCACGUACCUCGUAUACUCCUAUCUUGACAUGUUCGAGCCUUGCGAUCCUUCUACCGGUAAACCGAAUAACAACAAUGGUAGAAGUAAAGCAAUAAAGCACGGGAUUUUCAAAUUUAAUAUUCUCGAUGGGGAAGAAAAUGAAAUAGUUUCGAGCGUGCAACCGCAUCAGGUUUCAAGUAACCGAUUAUUCAAUUCAUACAGUAGUUACAUUUCUUCCCUCGCAAACCUCAAAGCUGGCGAUGAAUUAUUGGUAAAAGUCAGCAAUUUAACCUAUCUAAGAUACACGAGAGGUAACUCUUUUGGCGUUAAUUUGAUAUAAACUUGAUUUUUGCAAAAACAGUAAAGGUUUUAAAAGAAUGAAAUAAAAGGCGAUUUGAUUCAUUCUUUCCUUGGUGCAGGUUGACAAACUAGCCCAAAUAUCCAAAUCGGGGCCAAAUUGUCAAUUGGUUAACGGAAAAUGUUGAAUAAGGUGCCAAUGUUUAAGUUAAUAUGUAAUGUUUAUAAAAUGGAUAGAUAUGAAAAUAUCUACAUAUUAUGUAUUUUAAAUUUCUUCUGUUGAUCUUAAAAAUAAGGCGCUCAUGCAGCUUCGCAUUGUAUAUCUUGAUUUUAUCAAGAUUUCGACCACAGCUCAAAACAUUAUCAGAAACAUAGGGUGUGCUUUAACAAGUAAGUUUGAAUUUUAGAUAGAUUUCUCCCAGAAAGAAGGCUCUUAGUCCAGUAUUCGGCGCUCAGUAAGAUCGGAUAUAUUACAUGAUAGAGCGCCAUUAAAUGCAAGUUUAUACACAAUAGUACGCAAAAGACACGUGCCUAUCCAAAAAUGAACUAUUGUUGAAAACGGCCCCGUAUAGAAUUGGCAAGCGUUGUUUGUCCAAAUUAAAUCGCGACCAAAUUUCUCAAGAAGAGACUUGCCGAAGGCAAUAAAAGAACAGAGGUUUGUGAACAGAAAUAAAGCUUUAAAAGCCGCCUUCGCCAGUAUUGGCUGUUUGGAUUGAUAAAUGAAAAAAAGUGCUGAAUGGAAUGGUAGUUACAUGGAUUUCUAUUAACUUCAAUUAGCAGUAUCAAGUUUCGAAAAUUGCAUAAAACUUUCUAUCCAUUGCUUGAAAUGUUAACAUUACUGUCCGAUUUCUUUAUCUGGCGAAUAUGACUCAGGUUUUUAUCAUAUCGUGUACAUUAGUGUUCGUGAUUUUACAAUAUUGUCACAUUUUAUAACCGAUUCGGAGUGAUAAACAUAUUAAAAAACAUGAACCUGCCAUCAUAGCAUUUCGAUUCUGAUAUGUCUUUUAUGUAGGCAAGUGGAAGCAAUAGGGAAGGACUAUUUCUAGACGCAUGUAUGAUGUCAAAUAUGAUAGGUCGACGUCACGUCCACGUAAUCGUGUUUUAACAAUUAUUUAAACACGGGAGUAAAGACAUCCCUCGAAAUUAUUUAGGAGUGCGUAGACGUCUAGUUAGUUAUUAUGCGCACCUAAAUAAUCGAUUUAGGUAGUGUGAAAAUUUAGCGUUACACCGCUCUGUUGUGCAUUUCGAUCCUGAAAAAUGUCUUUUAUAUAAAGCAAUCAAUCAGAUAUGGUAGCACUCUUUCUUGGUGCAUGUAUGGCGCUAAAUAAUAUGUCAGUGUGACUUCAAUAUCCAUAUUCUUUUUCAUGUUUGUUUAUUAUAGAAUAGUAUACAGAUAAAGCAAGAAAGAGCUUUACAGAUAAUAAUUUGAAAUUUGUUGAACUUUCUUAACUUGGUCAAAUUCCUGACGCUAGGUCUAAUCAAGAAUUUUAGGAUUGUAUCUGGCAAAAUAACGUUAGUUGAUCAAAAAGAAUUCCUUAAUAACGCAUGCUUUCCUUUCUUUUUUAUUACUUUAACUCUGAAACAUGCAGUUAUUUUCAAAAAAUAUAACUCGAUCCGAUAACAAAAUGUUAUUUACGUUAAUAAAAACGAAUAUUUUCUAUUGUUUGUAUGUUUAAUAAAAAUUUAUAUGAAUAUUGUUUUAAAUAAAUGUAAGUAUUUUAGAAGAUAAACAUGAAAAAAUGUUAAUCAAUAUUUAUUUUGUACGCACAUGGUUAUGUAAAUGUUGAGUUCUGCUUAAUCCGUGGCUAGAGGGCGUGGGCGGUAGCAUGCAUUUCCACUACCGUCCAUGAACAGGCUCAAUCAAACCAAGUCAGUAACAUUUUCAUGUUUCUCGUGUUGAGCGAUCUAUUGAGUUUCCAUAUUUUCUAUUCCUUAAUUCAUCAAUAGUCAUACUAAAUACAAUAGAAUUAUUCUUUCGUAUACAAAAGUUACACAUAUACAUUGAUUCAAAUUUGGUUAGAACAAAUGAAAGACAAAAUCUUUUUCAUUUUCAUUUAAAGCUGUAAAAAAGAAAUUUGUCGUUUUUUGCUUGAAAAGAACCUUUGCAUUUUUGAUAGAAAUAUAAUUAUUCUUCUUUAUGUUCAGUAACUUGUCUUUUGUAUAUUGUUUGGUGUAUUUAACAUGCUUUUUUGUUUGUUUGUUUAUUUACUCUGUAAUAUUGUCUGUGCUUAUACAUAUAUAUAUAUCCCUUUUUACCCUUUAAGUUUUAGCUUUGGGGAGGUAGCGUUCAUUGACCAUUGUUCCUUAAUGUCAGCACGUUUUUAAUUAUAGGUUUUAUAUAAUAUUUUAGAUUUCAGUUCAAGUUUUUGCUAUGCAUAUGCUGUGCGUAUUAAAUCGUUUUCUAUAAUAUACAUUCUGUAAAAGUGUACCAGAACAAUUUUUUUAUAUUAUUAUACUUUCUUUAAAAGCAGAAUGUUCUUGGUUACAAGCCCGGUGACUUUAUCGUUUUUUUUCUACCCUGUUAUGGUUUUAUCCCUUUUGUUGUUAUAUUUCAUCUUUUUUUUGCCAUACAUAUUACUCACAUUGCGUUUUAUAUCAAACUAUAUUAAAACUCUUUGUGCGCGUAGGGGACAACCAGACUUAUAAGCAGACUGUAACAGCAGAGUUUGAUAAGUCUGCUUUUGAAAAGUAUAAUAAAGUGCAGCAUCUAUGAUGCCUUUUGGCACUGCAACUGAUCGUUUUUUUAAAAAAAAAAAAUGUAACAAAGAUCUGGGAGCUGUACAUCAUCAUUUACAUCAUUAGAUAUAUUCAUUAAAUUAUGAUAUAGAAAAUACUCCUUAAAUGUAUUUAACAAUAUGAAAUAUCUAUAUUUAUGCAUGUAUGAUUCUAGGGACAGCCAUACAGUUACAGUGAUUUGUAAGAAAAUAAAUCUUCCACUUUUUUAAUGUUAAUAUACAUUAAUACUAUGUUUAAUUAUACAAAUAUUAAGAAAUUUAUACUGUGUUUAACUAUAAACUACAAUAACAUCGUAUUAUUCUAAACCUUUUAUAUAGUACAGUAAUUACAUGAACUUGUUAAUUUUAUAUAUACAUAAACUAUAUGUAAUAAUAUAUAAAUAUUUUAUAUGACAGCGUGUGUGACAUUGAUAUUGUCAACCCGAGGGCAGAAUGUCACUCGAGGCGAAAGCCGAUAGGUGACAUUCUGUUUCGAGGGUUGACAAUAUCAAUGCCACACACACUGUCAUAUGAUAUUUAUUUUAUUAUACCGAACAAAAUUAAGCACAUAAAAUGUUUUUAAAAUGUUUUUAAUUCAUUUAAUUCAACAGUUUCAUCUUUAGCGCGGUAAUCGCCUGUGUACAUUUUGAAUAAUGACGUCAUUACAAUAUGACAUUGUGUGCAAGGGAGGCAAUCAUUUGGCUAAAAAAUUGAAGCAGUUAUUUCCCCUUAUAUGACAUUCAAAAUAUCAGCGCGGUCGCAUGACCUGACAGUCACUUUCGCUUCGUCACGUGUCAAAAAGGUUGAAAAUGUUUCUGAUUUACCAAAAUAAAUUACCCGAUAAUUUGAAAAAUACUGCAAUGCCAUUGGACAAAAAUUAAUUUCAAACACUAAGUUGUGACAAAGUAAAUGGGUAGAAUGAAUUAAGAUGGAAUAUUCUUGAUCAACACCAAAUAUAGGAGGAUGUGGACGACGUCCUAUUGAUACAAGAAAUUAUGACUUUGUUGGUAAAUGAAUACAUAGUGCACAUAUUUUUUUUUUCAACCCGAUUCUUUUUCUUUCUUUUUUUAGUUUUAUUAAUACAAUUUACUUUUUGAUUCAAGAUUGGACUAACAUUACUUUUAACAUGUUUAAUGAUUACUAAUAUUAAAAAACCCCAAAAAACAAUAUGUAUCUCGUCUUCAAACUCCUGUAUUAUUCACCAUCACACAGAUUUUGGUUGAUAUAUUUUAUUAUAAAGUUGAGGUCAGCAGUAUGUGUUUUUACAGAGAUGUAUAGAAUGAUACUGACCGAGGACGCAGUCCGAGGUCAAUAUCAUUUUUACAGGUCCGUAAUAACACAUAUUGACCGGAACGUAAGUCUAUAAUUGUUGUAUUAUUUGCCCUUCUCAAAUACAUUCAUUUGACUGGCUCAUAUUUCAUACAUAUGAGAAAAUGUGAUAUAGUCAUUAUCACUUAUGCAGGUCAAUAUCGCUUUUUGCGGACCCGCGCGUGCACUUAUUUCGACCAAUCAAAUUAGCACAUUUGAGAAGGGUAAAUAAUGUAAAGAAAUAAAUACAUGUUUAGUUAAUAUACUAAUAUUAAAUUAUUAGAUAUUUCAGAUAUUGCUAAAAAAAGCCUUUGGGUAUUUAACAUAAACAUAUUCAUUUUUAGAAUCAGAUAUUUACACAGAGAUUUCCAACAAAAAUAACACUUCUUGUACUUGAAAUUAAAAUAAUCGUACAUAUCUUGAACUGAUAUAUAAUUUGAUUACAUGUAUAUCUGGGCCAUCCAAAUGAAUAAGAUAUCCAAGAAAAUUCCGUUUACUUAUUUGAAUAAUCAGAGUGUGAUGUGACAGGGAAAUUAAUCACGAACUAAAUCUGUACAUAAGUUUUUAAAGAAUAUGUUAAGCGUUUAAAUCAAAGAAGAAAAAAUGACCUAACGUAUUUGUCUGUAUGACAAGUGUUUUCUCAAGCUUCAGAACAGCGUAGAUUUCUUAUUCCACACUGUUCCUUGGGUUGGUUCGGAAAGCCAAGUCUUAUACGGGUGGACGGAUAGCUCAGUGGUUUGCACACUGGCCUUCCAAUCCUGAGGUUGGGGUUCGAUCCCCGGCAGCUACUCGGGAAUUUUCAGAAACGCUUUUCAGUGUUUCCCACCCAACUAGAGGUGUACUGGUCAGGAACCCAGGCAAUCCUUGCGUGUAUCAGUGCUAUACACUGGGCACGUUAAAGAACCAGGCUAUCUAUUCGAAACGAGCUAGGCUAAGUUAGCCGGACAAGCCUGUAUCUGAUUUCUAAUCUCUCAGUCGUUGGGGCUUUGUCUCACUCUGUCCCUCUGGUCAGAUCGCUCUGUCUGUACUAGUAGAGGAUGAAUUAUGCGCCCUGUGUGGCUGCAUUUUGAACUCUGUUAAGCGCCUUUGAACGUGAAAUUGAUCAUGAAAAGGGCGCUAUAUAAAUCUGGUAUAAUAAUAAUAAUUAUACAAGCAGGCAUGCAUUGUUUUUAGCCAAGUUUCUUGCUUUUAGGAUAUCUUAGAAACAGGAGAAGGUAGACGAAGCUUGUUUAGUGGCAAGUUAUGAUAACAGAAUAUCUUGCACUUUAUUAUAUAGUGAACAUAUUCCAUGUAUUAUUAAUUCAUCAGUGUUAAGUUAAUUUUCAGAUGCUUUUUACGUACUUAUUGUAUUAUCAUGUUAUCAUACUUGUUUUUUCGUAAAUUUAAACUUUCCCUACAUGCCUAUAAAUAAGCAGCCUGUUUUUAUAUGGAUCUAUAUAUUCUGUUGGAAAGUACGGUUAUGAUGUAUUUUAAAGCACAAAUAUUGUGCAUGUAUCUUAUUAUUGGACUGAUUUCUGUCUAAGGUGUAUGAUACUGAAUUUCAGCAAUGACAAUGAUUUCUGUAUAUUUGUUUUCAUACUUUUUAGUGGCAGCUAUCAAUUCAAGUGCAAUAUAAUUUACACUAUUGAUAAGUGAUUUCAAUAAAAUAUCUAUAAAAUACACGAAAAGAUACAUAUUUUAAUUAAAAGCUUUCUUCGGGUGUAAUGUUCAAUAAAUCUCACGCUUUCUUAAUAUUUUGACAAUGUCUAAGAUGUCUUAAAAUAUUACACCAAGAGAAAGCUUCCGAUGUUGUGUACAUGAGUGUAUUCUAGUGUACAAUUUUGAUAUUUCACAUUUUUGUUAAAUUUUUGUAUUUUAAAUAUUUCAGCAUGUUGAAGUGAAGCAAAACUGUUUCGUUGGUAAUAAAAAUAAAUAUAAUAUGAUUUGCUCGUAAAUAAAAACAAGUUUUAGGUAACGUAGUUUGAUGAAAGUUGUUAUUUAAUAUAGCCAUGUACAUAAUGACUUUGAAAGAUAUAGCAUUUGAGAAAGAUUGAAUUUGUUCUUUUAUUACUCCUAAUAGUCAGAAUUAUAUCCUAGAAAUUAUUUCAAGUUAUGUCAGAGAAGUCAUCUAAUUGUUGUUCCUUAAACCAGGCUUAUAAAACACAAAAACAUUAGUUAUGUAAUCACUUGAUUUGAAUAUGUUUGUUCAGAGAAUUCAUCUAAUUGUUUUUCCUUGAAACAGGCUUCUAAAACACAAAACGCAUUAGUUAUGUAGUCAUUUGAUUUGAAUAUGUUUGUUCUUCAAGUUGCAAUAAUUAUGAAGACAGUGAAAUUCUACGAAAAGACAUUCAAUUUGAUGUCUUUUUAAUGUCUGUGCAAAAUAAGUUUUAUUCAAUUUUCAUAAGGAUAUAUUAAGUGUUAACUGACGAAGACAAGGUGUGGCUUACAAGUUUAACUUAGCAAAUUUGUUAAGCUAUCAAAUGCUGACUUACGGUAUUGGUAAAGAAAAUAAUAUUAGGAAAUAACUUGAAACAGUGAAAGACAAUAAAUGAUAUAAGCAAA